UGACAUCCAGGUUUAAAAUUGCAUCUUGGCGGCUUGGCGGUCGGCGGUUCUGAAUAUUUUUGUGAAUUUAAAAUUUUAUACAGACAGUACCUACAUACAAUUUUAGAUAUUUUUGAGUAAACUUGUUAAAAUAAAUAUAAGGUAUUUUUUAAAUUACAAAAUGAGUUACGGUAACGUGCACAGGUUCGUUCUAAGGUCAAUAGCAAGUCGCGGCGUUAUGUCCCUACCGGAGAUUGAAGAAGCAAUAAGAUCAUAUUCAGAUGAUCAAGUUUCAUCUCUUGAAGAUAUGAUUCAGGAGAUAAAUGACAAAAUACGGCCUUUUAAACAAACUAUUAAAUUGACCAAUGAUGAGUUAACCAAUGAAGAGGUGGUGAUAUUUUUAUCACUAGGAUAUGACGAAGCAACCAAAGCACAGUCAUUCUUUACUGCUACAGAAUUAGAGUAUUUCAGGGUUCUCAUGGAGCAAAUAAUGACUACAGAGGCAAGGCAAAUUACAGGUAUACAUGCCUUGAACUUAGUGGGAAGCAUGAAAAGCACAUUUACUAAAACAGAUGCACAGAAACUUUUAGAUACAUGGUGCAGAAUGCGGUAUUUAGAGAAGGACGAAAAUAAUUACGCUUUAGGAGUGCGCACUAUACAUGAAUUUGAAGGAUACCUCCGACAGAAUAUGCCAGACACUAUUGAAGAGUGCUGUCUUUGUAAACAAAUUGUUUUCAGAGGUUACAACUGUCCUUCUUGUGGUUUAGCCAUUCAUACUCGCUGCCUAAAGCGGUACUUGACGAAGGUGGACAAGUGGCCGUGCUGCAAAUGCGAUUUCAAUGCUGAACAGCUGGAGAGGCUUCAAAGCGCUGAACAUUCCAGGUUAACACAACUCCCAAACGAGACGCGGCGGUCUGACGAAGACGUUCCUAAGGAGGCUUCCCAAGCAUCUACCGUUGUGGACAGCGAAGCGAGCAUCCCGGAGGAGACACAGGAGAUUAUUCCGGAGAUUUCACAGAGGGUUACCAGGAAGAGAGCGAGGCCGAAUUAGUGAGCCAGUUGUUUUGUUUAUGUAGAUAGUGUUUGUGUAGAAAUAAGAAUAUAUUAUAUCGAACUGUAUGUCCUCUUGAUUAGAUAUUUUUUUGUUUGUGUAUAUAGUCUUCAGAUCACAGAGUGGGAAAUGUCAGUCGGUAAAAAAUAUUGCGGGCUUGCUGUUCGUUUUAAGUAUGUUUUAUAAAGUAUGUGAUCAUCAGCAAAAAUUUGGUUUAAAAAAGUUGUUUUUAAAGUAUAAAUAUAAAAAAAAAUAUUCUCGUGUUUUAUGGUACGGCUGGCUAUGUGUUUUUUUCGCCGUUUCCGUACUGACAUUGAUAAAAAGUGCUGGCAUGAAUGUCUCUUAACAAAUUAUUGUAUUUAAGUUAAAAAUAUGCCAACCUUAUCGUAGCAAUCAAAAUUCAUCAUCGCUGCAAAUUUUUAAUGCUAUCAUUUCCUUUACUUUGUUCCUUGAGUAUAAAAUAUUUCGUCGUAUUUUUACACAAAUGUAAUUGUUGGAUUUAUCUUUUGAUAACUAUUUUACAAUUAAAAAUUAGUAUAACUAUGAAAGUUCCUCCUGUUAUAAUGUUGGUUGGUACUUUGUCGAUCCGAGAUAAGGGUCACUUUUAGUAUUAUGUCAAUAAAAGACAAUAAAUAUUUU